AUGAAGAUCUCAGGGUCAAUUUCGUCAAUGUUCCAUCUCUGUCUCUUCCUUCUCAUCCUCAUCGGAACGUUAUCGCCAUCUCACGCCGUCGACGACAAAUGUGCCGCCUGUAAAGCGGUUGCGGGAGAGCUAGAGAUUGGACUUUCCAGAGAGAAGCCGCGGAAUCAUUUGGAUAUGCGACAUCGUUUGGACUCUAAAGGCCAGCGUCAGGGGAAGUUAAUCGAUUACAGAAUUAGCGAGUUAAGAGUCGUUGACCUUCUUGAUGGCCUCUGUGAUAAGAUGCAAGAUUACACACUCAGGAUAUUUCCAGAUUCACAUGAAUGGUACAAAGUGGGUAACUGGGAUAACCUCAAAACAAAUAAACAAGAAGCUAAGGCAUAUUCGAAAGAUAUUUCUUCAUAUUGUGGAAGAUUACUUGAAGAAACUGAAGAUGAGCUGACUGAAUUGAUAAAGAAAGGAUCUGUUAAAGUGGGCGAUGUGAGCAAAGUUCUUUGUCAAGAUUUGAGCAAACAUUGCAAUCAGACGAGUGUAUCACGUGAGGCAGAAGUGGAUGUUGAUGAUGACGACAACGAGGAGGACGAUGACGGGGAGCUCUAA